UACUAUGUGUUAAUCAAGGCAUUGGAGUCUUAUCUUAUCAUCAAGCAAAAAAGUUGGGAGAGCAGCCCACUCAAUUAUCGAGCACUCAGGCAACUUGCGACAGACAACUCUCGAACAAACUAGGUCUAUCGUGUUUGGAUUAUAGCGCAUUAUGGCCCCGGUUACAAGAAGAGCUGCGAAGGCGGGAACUAAUUCACCCACAGAAGGAUCGGCGACUUCUACACCCGUGGCCUCAAACGAGACACCAUUAGAAAAGCCGAUUGCUCUACGAAGCAGGCGGAACGAACGUGGGGUUGAGAAUGCCAAAGUAGUGACGCCUAAGAGCAAGAAGCUCGAAGUUCGGAUACGAGAGGAUGGAUCGAGCACGAAAAAGGCAAUUGAGGUUCAGAUACCCAGCUCAGCUCUCAAGACCCCGCGCUCUCGUUCGAGCCCCGUUCCCGACUCCCAGGAGGCGAAUACUGGCGACGAUGGGGAUCAGAACUUCGAACCCUUAAGCGCUUCGAAGCAAUUGGAGGAGGAAGCAAGUCAGAAGCUGGCGUCACAAUCGCGCCUGAGAGAGUCUGGUGUAGAGUCAACACCAGUGCCGAAGACAGCAAAAUCUACACGGGGUAGCUCCGCGAAAAAGACCCGCGGGGAGACAACACUACAGUCAGAGUCACAGUCGCAGUCGAAACAAGCCGAACCCGAUAAUGAGGCAACACCAAGGCCGAAAGCUACCAAGUCUUCGCACGUUGUGUUUGGAGAUGAUGACGACGUAGACAAAUUCGUCGCGGCAGCUGCAGAGAAGGAGGGGGCUGUUGCAGAAGCCAAAUCUGGGGAUAAAGACGAAGAAGGACAGGAAGACAGUGACGAUGAGGCACCCGAGGCAGUAUCGACAGUAGCGGCUGCGAAAGAGACACUGCAAUCGGCCAAGGCCGCGAUAAAAGCUGCCGAAGAAUACGCAGCAACAACGAAGCGGAAACGACAAGCACGAGACGACCUCCUCAAACAACAAGCUGAGAAGCGGAAACGGACGAAACCCAGUGCAUCCAAAAAGGAGGACCUAUCAGAGGAUGACGAUGAGGACGAGAGCAACAAGGACGAUAAGGAGGAAGAUGAGCGGAAUAAAUCCUCAAAGCGCCAGAGGAGAACACAAAAGCCCCCUGAAAUACUACCGGUCGAGUUCCUGACGGACUCGAGCGACGACGAGGACGACGAAGGGACGGCGCUGAAGAAGAUGUUGAAGCGACCGCAGAAGAUCAACUUUGAGACGGCCAUGCAGGUCCUCGAUGCCGAGGGCAAGAAGCCGCGGGACGAGGUCGUAGGUUCAAGGCGGUAUCGUGUGUUAGCCCAGCAGGGCGAUCCACGGCUUGCGCCUAAGGCGGACAACAACUCGCUCAGGUCGAAGGAGGCCUUGUUACGGCGGGGACGCACUGGCGUCGCUGUGAAUAAGAAGAGGGGCUUCUUCGUAAAGCGGUAAAAGCACGCUAUCUAGAGCGAUAAAUACCAAUACAAAACGGUUCCGUUGGAUCGCCAUAUGGCAUGUUAUUAUCUAUUCGGCCUUUACUUGGGAAACUUGACUAAUUAUGCAUUAUUACUCAAUUUUUCAUCGAAGUUAAAGGUGGACUAGUCCUAGAAGAGUACUGCACCUCCUCUGGUAUAUUCAAUGUUAACCCAAUACUCUGCAUUUUCUACCAU